AUGACCAUUUUCAAUGUCGACCAAGGUGCUGUUAUAAUUGACAAAAUUGAAAUCAACCCACCGACAUUUAAAAUUUAUGAGAAUUUCACUAUCAAUGUGACAUUCACAAGCAACUAUGGCUUGCAGGAUUUAUCACUCUCCUGGAAAACUGCAAAAUCUUGUGCGGCUCGGUAUUACUUCAGUGAUGUAGAAUUGAGUACACAAAUAAACACUCCUACAAAGCCUGGGACACACACCAUUACUUUAGAAAACCAAAUCCACUCGUGGUGGCGACUUGGUGGGUGGUAUUACUUUUACUUGCAGUUUGAGGAAGAUGGCAAACGGUCGACACAAGUUCAAUUCUGUGUGUACGUAUAUAAGUGA